AUGGCCAAAGCCUGCGGGGCCACGAGACUCAUGAUAUACGGCGACUCAUACCUCGUCGUUCAGCAAACGAUGAAGUCGUGUGACGCCAUCUCCGAUUCCAUGAUUGCUUAUCGCGAUCUCUACAACAUACUGGAAGGCCAGUUCGACGGAUGCGAGCUGCGUCUCAUUGGCCGAAACAGCAAUGACGAAGCGGACAGUCUAGCCAACAUUGGCUCGACUCGUUCCCCAAUCCCGUCCGGAGUAUUCCUAGAGAUCAUCCACCAGAGAUCCAUCAAAGAAAAGAGUACUUCGAGUCCCAGGAAGUCAACACCAAUCGACGGUGAGCAAAAACCUCUCGACCCUGACUCACCGGACAACCCUGCAGUUGCAACUGCUAAAGAAGAACCUGAUGAGGUGCUCAUGGUCGAGCCGACGUGGAUGCAACCUUUUCUUGCAUACAUGAUACGACAAGAGCUAUCUGCAGACGUCGAAGAAGCACGUCGAAUUGCUCAACGAUCUAAAGCUUUUACCGUCAUUGAAGGAGAGCUCUACAAAUGA